AUGGCCCCGUCAGGCAAGAAGGGCAAAGGCAAGGCCAGUGGUAACAAGAAGAAUAAGAAGGGAAAGAACCAAGAGACGUCUGAAACCCCUGCGUCCCAACCCGAGCUUCCUGUUGAACAAGAGGAACAACAAGAGCAACAGCAAGAGCAACAGCAGCCAGAGGUUGACACGGAGGUUGCCCCUCCACAAGCAGAAGCAGAACAUAUCUCUGACGCUCUUCCGGAGUCUGCACCGGAGCCAGAGCCUGUAUCAGAGUCGGUGCCCACACAAGACCCAGAACUGGAGCAACCACAACCUACGGUCGAGGAGAGCUCGACCACUCCUGAAACUGAGAAACCAUCCGAGUCUCCAAUCAACCCUGAUGAUGGUGAUGGUUUCGCCCAACCCCCAACCAGUCCCGAUCCAUUCAGUCAAGAGCCAAGCGUAAACGAUGUGCAGAAAGAUUCCCCUGAAGCUGCCGCGGAUUCGAACUGGGAGGAAUUAGGGCCGUCCGAGUCAUCUGAGAAGGUCGACGCGAGUCAGGAGCACAACGACAACUUGGAUGGACAAAGUGGCACUGCAGAACCCACCGAGACACCAGUCACUGCACCGCAGAGUCCGGUAUUCCCGUCGGCGCCGAAAUCGCCGUCGUUGACAGAAGCUCAAAACAUCGCGGUAUCCCCUCACUCAAACGGCGAACCCUUGGAAACUGAUUCUCACGGUUUUGCUCCGUCUAAUCCUUUCUUUGAACCUCCUGCCACCUCACCCGUACACCGAGCCCCUUCACCUGCUUCUAAACCCGCCUCACCCGAGCCCCCGUUUGCUUCGCCUACAUCUCAAAUAUUUCAGCCUACUGAGCCCGAGCCCGAGCCCGAGCCCGAACCUCAAGUGGCCUCGCCUCCUCUUGAGACCGCUUCACCGACCUUCAAAGCUACCUCUGCCGAACAACAAGCUACCUCCCCCGAGCCACAAGCUGCCACUACACCGCGGGCUAUUUCUCCUGUGCAACAAAUAGGUUCGCCAGUUUUAAAGCCCGCUGAGCCCGCUGAGCCCGCUGAGCCCGCUGAGCCCGAGCCUCAACCAGUCUCAGCCAUGCCGCAACAAGCUUCACCCUUCCAAAAGACUAUCUCCCCGACUAUGAAGACCAGCUCCCCGGUGCAGAAAAUCUCUUCGCCCAAGAUCAGCAGUCCUCUUGCGCGUGCCGCCUACAUGUCUCCGAUGAUGUCUCCUCAUGGCACACCGCCCGCUCCUCCUCCCCCGGUUCCCAGUGCACCUGCUUCGGUUGCCCCUAACUUUGCUGCCGCUUACCACUCCCCAGUCAUGAGCUCUGCUGGGUAUUUGCCGCAGUAUGCCUACUAUCCUCAGCAUACACAACCAACUCCGCGCGGUUCUAUUGACCCCAACUCCGCUACGUCUUUCCAGGCCUUGCGCGAUUUGGGAUUUGCCAACGGAAACGGAGUGAACCACAAGGGAGCGAUGUCACCUCCUGAGCAUGACGAACCGAUUGAACUGCUGCAAAGAAUCCAGGAUGCCAUCCCAGACAUCAACCGUCUUCUCGGCAGCUACAAGAACACGAAAGGCAAGCUGCAAGCCCGUGAGGUGGAGUUCAAGCAAAUGGCGACUCAGCAUGAGCAGGCAUUGAUGCACAAGGACUUCUACAUCGAGGCGCUGCAGAAUCAGAUGAGAAAGACGGCGAACGAGAGCGCGGAAGAAUCUAGCCGACUGAAGAACACGAUCAACGAGCUCCGGAUGGAAUUAGGAAACCUCGAGGAAAAACGGAAAGAUCUCGAGGAACGAUUCGAAGACUCCGAGAAGGCCAACGAGGAGCUAUCGCAGUCGAAGGUCGAUCUCGAAGGAGAGGUCAAGACGUUGAACGAGAACAUGCAGGAAGCGCAAGAGACCCACGAAAAGGAGCUGGAGAAGCGGAAAGAAGAGCAUGCCGAAGCCAUGGCGACGCAGAAACAAGAGUUGACCGAACUGUUCGAGGAGAUCAAGGCCGAGGAUGAGAAAGCAGCGGCCGAGGCCUUGGCGGCACGCGAGAAAGAGUUGCUCGAUCAACAGGACGCGAUGAAGGCGGAGCAUGAACAGGAGAAGCAGCAAAUGCAGGAUUCCUACGACACUCUGCAAUCGGAAUACGACACCAAGGUGACCGAGUUGGAGUCGACCCAGACCGACUUGGAGAACAAGCAGAGGGAGCUGGAAGACACUCGAGAGCAACACGCCAGAGAAGUCGAGGACCUCCAAGCGACUCAUGCCAACGAACUGGAAUCCCUCACGAACAGCCACAACGAGAAGGUCGCCGAUAUGGAGGCCCAGUUCAGCGACAAGGAGCAACAAUGGGCUGAUGAGAAGGCCGACAUGGAGAAGCAGUUCUCCGACAAGUGUGAAGAGCUUGCCAACUGUGAGCACGAAAACAAGAAACUGGAGGAGGCCGGUGUUGUCAGAGAGAAGCAGCUACAAGUUGCCGUGGAAGGCAUGCGCACCACCAUUGACAACCUGGACAAUGACUGCGACCGAUUGAGGAAGACCUUAACCAGCCUUGGGGAAGCAACCGACCUCAAGAGCGCGAAGGGCGAUGGAUUCUUUUUGGACUGCUUCGGCCAGCUUUCUCGUCUGAUUGUCUCCUUGUCCAAGGAGCACUUUGCGUACCUUCCAAUUGAUCCUCCCAAGGACAUCCUCUCUAAGAUUCCACCAGAACUGCCAUCCUUCCUGGAUAACACGCCGGCGUCGCGCGAGUUGCGAGCUGCGUACGUGCAGCACGUCGUUUCGAAGACCCUGACCUACCGCAUUUUCCACCCGUUCUUGUUCACUCUGGGGCGGAGAUACGACAAGGCCGACACCUUCUUCCAGCUUCUCUCGAUGGAUAUUCGCCGCAAGUCCGUGAGGCGCGAGGCAUUCUGGCGACAACAGACGUUGAAGGCUGCGUAUACGACCUCGGAUGCUAAGCAAUCGAUCAACGUCGUGGCCGCCGUGAUUGUCGACGAAAUCACCAACCACCUCAAGCAUUUUGCCGACCCGCGCCACUUGGACACGCUCGUCAUGGACGUCCGGAAGAUCGUGAAGCUCGCCGCCGAGACGUGGCGACUUGCCCGAGUCGAGCGAGAGCUCAUCCUGGCAUCGCUUCCGGCCCCCGAUGCGGACAGCGUUUCCAACGACGACUGGGAUGAGUACGGCACGGCGAAGGAGGGCUGCCUCAGCACGAAGGACGACCCCAGCCGCCAUGUCAUUCUGCGUACCUUCCCUCGGCUCACGCGAGAAGCCGCGCACGAAGAUUUCGCCGAGGAUCCGGAACGUGCCAGCCCAUGCACCUACUCCCGCGGCGGUAUUUUGUACUCGGACUCUCCCGUCGUGAUGGCCCGACUACAAGAACUGGCCAAGAAGGACUCCACCAGCGGCGACGAAGGGGUGUCUCGCCGCGGCUCGAAGGCACGCGGUCGGGGAAGUCGCGAGGGCCAGAAGUGUGCCGCCGAGGAAGACUCCUUCCUCGGGGCCGCUGGCGACGGGGACUCCGUUCAGGUUUAGUAAAGCCGAUGCGAUGCACGGGUCAGAAGUGUGAUCUAUCAAGGACUUGCGUGUGUCUGUUUUCAUAAGUACGGGGCUGUUUCAGGGCCCCGUCAUCCACUCGUUUGGGUUUCCUUUGUUUCUCGCGUCGUGGUGUGUAAUUCAUUGGCUCCCUCGCACCUGGUGCUUCCCUAUGUUGUUGUUUCUUGUUCUCCCCGAUUUCUUCCUGUAUUUUCUAGAACCCUGUCUUUUCGGGUCCAUGUAUGCUCUGACGGUGCGUUUUCAGCGAUAUAAUUGACGAACAUGUAUAAUCCACGAUGUGUAUCUCUUUUGUCAUGUAUAGCUUCUGAGCGUGAAGCUGCGUUACGAAUGUCUGUUUUUAUUUUAUUUUAUUUUUUUAAACCAGCGAAUACGAUUUCCUGUACCUAGACCACUACCAAUCCGAGAGAAAAAUG